AUGGACAAUUCAGGGCCUUCGGUGGCCAGAGGCAUGGUGGCUGCCAUGGCCAUUGCCUUUGUGAUUCUCGUGCUGCGUGUUAUUGCUAAGCUUAAGAUUCACCACUUUCGGCUGGAUGAUGUGGCCAUGAUAGUGGCUUUGAUAUUGUCAAUCACAUCGACAGUCUUUCUCUGCUUGUCAGUCAAAUACGGUUUCGGUCAAGACCUCACCAAGAUCCCAACACACCACGCACAGCUCGUUCUGAAAUACAUCGCCAUUCAAAUCCCACUGGUCACAAUCAGCACCGGAAUCGCUCGAUCGUCGUUUGUUCUAUACCUGCUCAAUAUCCUCGGUGGGACGAAAAAGUACUCGAUUACUCUAUGGACCGUCAUGAUGCUGCAGUUGAUCUGCAAUAUUAUCUCCGCCAUUCUGCCUCUGUCUAUCUGUCGCAAUGUGCGCAUCUUGUGGGAUCCUACCGUCAAGACAAGCUGCGGUAAUGUGGUGUCUGUCGUGCAGUUUUCUUACUUCUCUUCAUCUGUUAAUACUGCCACCGAUCUCUUCCUCGCCCUGUUCCCGACCUACAUCUUUUGGAAUCUCAACCUGAAACUGCGCAUCAAAAUCACCCUCAUCGUCUUGAUGAGCCUAGGCAUAGUGGCAAUGGUCGCCUCCAUCAUCAAAACCACCAAACUCGACCAAGUCCCCAGCGUCACCAACAUCGGCGCCACCGGCGGCCUCUCCCUCAUCCACUGGGGCUACGUCGAAAACGUCAUUAUCAUCAUCACCUCCUCCGUCCCCUCCAUCCGGCCAUUGCUCAUCUCGUCCGUCAAGAAAUUCUCCAGCGUCGCACAGUCACGCUCCUACGAGCUGUCCGGCCCCUCUGCAAACAAAGAUCCGUCCAAGAAUGCCACGUUCGAGUCGGGAUCUGAAAAUAGGUAUGCCAUGAAACCGAACGAGGAGACUGGGAGUAUUGAGCGGAUUCUAGAGGGUGAAUAUCCGACUAUGCAUGGGCGCACGGAUUCGGGGACGGGAAUUGUCAAAAAGGUCGAUAUUGAGGUUGUUUCGUCGGAUGAUGAUUCUGAGAGAAGGAGGGUUUCUGAGGCGUGAUGAUUGUAUUUGUUAUGUUAUGUUA